AUGGCUCCCCACUCUCAACCAGUUGAGGAGGUCUUCGAGCCCGAAUACCAAAGGGUACACCAGUUCUCUGCCGAGCGAGCUGCGAGCCUGGUUCGCGCCAGGAGGUGGGACGCCAAGGUCGACAGGCAGAUCACAAUUGCCCAUGAGCUCUCGAGGCUGGCCAGCGAUGAAUAUCUCGAGGACAUCAUGCAACAUGCGAGGCACAUGGAGGACGAGACACUGCCCGACGCCAACCUCAUCGACAUGCAGCGUGAGAUCCAGUGGUUCAUGCGGCCCUACCUGAUCGACUUCUUGAUCGAGGCACAUGCUGCUUUCUCACUCCUCCGGGAAACCCUGUUCCUAACCAUCAACCUGCUUGACAGGUACUGCUCCAAGCGGGUGGUCUACAAGCAGCACUACCAGCUUGUCGGCUGUGCAGCCCUCCUGAUCGCUGCCAAGUACGGUGACAAGAAGGACCGGGUCCCCCAGAUCAACGAGCUCAACAACAUGUGCUGUGGUCUGUACGACGCUGGCAUGUUCACCCAGAUGGAGAUGCACGUCCUCAACACGCUGGAGUGGAACAUCGGCCACCCCACUGUCGACUUCUUCCAGUCCAUCAUCUGGGCUGACGAGCAAGACGACCGUGAGGUCAGGGACAUGACCGCUUACCUCUGCGAGAUCGCCCUCUACCACCGUGACUUCGUCUCCACGAAGCCAUCCAUCAUGGCGCGUGCCUCUCACGCCCUGGCACGGGCGAUCCUCAACCGACCCGAGGUCAACGAUGGCGAGUGGGACCGUGACUGCCGCGACACGCUGCUGACGCUGUCUCAACAUCUGCACCAGCCCUCCGUCACGCUCUCCCGCAAGUACUCGUCCAACCACUUCUCUCGCGUCUCAACCAAGCUCGCCGACUUCCUGGCGCAACAGGCUGCCAUUCAACGACCACAGGUCAACGGGCCCGCGACUCCUCCAGCCGAGUGCGGCAGCUCGCCCCAGAGUGCCGACAUCUACAGCACUCCCCUCAAGGGUCACGGCUCAGCACCUGGUGUCGCCGAUGGCUACAUGACGCCACCCAUCACCCCCGACGGUGCCUCGUUUGGUGUUAACGGUCAGGUCGAGGGCUACACGCAGCUCCCACCACGAUGUCCAGUCACCCCCACCCCACCAAGCCAAGUGAACGGGUUCCCACGACCUCCACAAGCAUCAUCACAAUACAACGUGACAUACUUCGAUGGACAGCCAAAUGCCGUGGCUCACUAG